CGUUAUUCUGGGCCUAGAACUAUCUGACCAGCCCAUUAAAUACUGGGCCUACAUCACCGCCCGCCUAAUCAUUUCUAUAUAUAAUCCGACCAUUUCAGGUCGUCUAGGGUUAGGUUUUCUGGUUUUGAUCAUCGGGUGAUAAGACUUGAAGAAGCUCGCCAUGGGGAGAAGACCUGCUAGGUGUUACCGUCAGAUCAAGAACAAGCCUUACCCAAAAUCACGAUACUGCCGUGGUGUACCUGACCCUAAGAUCAGGAUUUAUGAUGUGGGCAUGAAGAAAAAAGGUGUGGACGAGUUCCCGUUUUGCGUGCACUUGGUCAGUUGGGAAAAAGAAAAUGUAUCUAGCGAGGCUUUGGAAGCUGCCCGUAUUGCUUGCAACAAGUACAUGACCAAGUUUUCUGGAAAGGACACCUUCCACCUGAGGGUGCGGGUACACCCUUUCCAUGUUUUGCGUAUUAACAAGAUGCUUUCGUGUGCUGGAGCUGAUAGGCUCCAAACUGGUAUGAGGGGUGCUUUUGGCAAGCCACAGGGGACAUGUGCUCGUGUGGCCAUUGGUCAAGUCCUUUUGUCUGUACGCUGCAAGGAUGCAAACAGCCACCAUGCUCAGGAGGCUCUGCGCCGUGCGAAGUUCAAGUUCCCUGGUCGUCAGAAGAUCAUCGUUAGCCGGAAAUGGGGAUUUACCAAAUACAACCGCACUGAUUAUCUGAAAUGGAAAUCGGAGAAUAGGAUUGUUUCUGAUGGUGUUAAUGCCAAGCUUCUUGGAUGUCAUGGACCUUUGGCGAAUAGGCAACCCGGAAGAGCUUUCAUUUCAGGGCCUGUCCAAGGAUGAGAACCUGAUGAUGAUUCUUGGAGAUCAAAUGUUAUUGUUUCUGGAUAUUUCAGAAUUGUGUUUGUUGUUUAUUUGAACCAGCACAUAUCUUCUAGACAUUUUGGAUUGAAAUGCAGUGUUUUAAAUUUGUCUCGACUUAAAUUUAUCAAUAUUAUGAGUGUUAGUGCACCACUCUUACAUGAAUCAUGUUUCGUUAUAGUUCGCAUAAGUGCUCUUGGUCUGUUCUAUUUGACCGUAUUACUGUAUGUUCCCCAAUAUUAAGUUUGUUUAGUCUUAUUUGAUAUAUUGAUCAAGAUUCCUGAAGCACAGCUGAAUUGAAUUUUGAAUUGUUAAUGCAUACAAGAGAAUCUGAAGCUGCGAGCUAAAAAUCGAUGAAAUUAUAACUCAAAUUCCAAACUGAAUAAUGACCUGAAAGUUGAAAGUUGAAACAUGCUCUUUAUCGAUUGAGGAUAACUG